GGGGCGGAGUCGGUCAAGGUGCGCGCACGACGUUGACAGCGCCAAAGGAGAGCAAGCUUUGUCUUUUAUUUCCUUUGAGGGGGAAAAAAAAAAAGAUGUUGAGCAAAGAAAGCGUUGUGUCUGUACUUCAGUCCGAUGGCGGCCGAGUGAGCAAAGCCAAUCUUGUGGCUCGCUUUCAAAGCGCGCUGGAGUGUCACGACCACGACGAGAGGGCUCGCAACAGGGAACUCUUCAAAAACCUCGUCAACAGCGUCGCUUACGUCAAACGAGGCGAUGACGGUGUCCAGUACGUACUGCUUAAGAAAGCGUACCUUAUUGGAAAACAACAAGAUGGACAGUCCGGGACUUUGAGCAGUGCCGAGAGGGAAGAGAAAGACAAGAAGGGUCAGGAAGGAGCACCUGAGAACUUUAAGGACUCAAGGAAUUCUUCUGGACUGGAGCAGGAAGGUUAUGUGGAGCACGAUUCACCUGAAACCGUUGCGAGUGCAUCGAAACAUUCUGGACAGGAAGAGGAAGGUCAGCAGAAGGAUUCCAAAAGUUGGACUGCAAAGGAAGAAGACGACAGCUCGCUGGUGACACUUCCACUCAAGACUGCGGAGCCCUCAAAGAGUCGAUCCGAAGAGGAAUCCACUGAACAUCUAUCUCCUUUCGAGCUAGCGUUGCAGAGGAGCAAAUAUUCUGAUAUGAGAAUUAAGCAGCCAUUGAAGGUAGAGGGGGCUACCAAACCGUACGCCUUGCCUCUGAGGAUGCCCCCCACGAGCAAGGUGGAGUUCAAACCAAAAGUGGACCCGGACGAGCCCCUUAAACUCGAUUCCGUCCGAAGCAAGGUGAAGACCUCUAAAGAGUCCAACGAGUCCAGAACCCCCUCGGCGGUUCCGCUUGAGCAUUCGGAGCACGAGUGGUUGGUCAAGUGCGCCUCGGGCCAAUGGAGCCAGGUCUACGGGCUCCUCCUGAAGGACCGUCAUCUGGCCAGCAAGCGGGACUUCAUGUCGGGCUUCACCGCCCUGCAUUGGGCGGCCAAGUGCGGCAAUAGCGACAUGCUGGUGAAGAUCCUGGACGCGUCGCAGACACCCGGCACGGGCGUGGACGUCAACGCCCGGAGCAACGGAGGCUACACGGCUUUGCACGUGGCCGCCCUGCACCGGCAGGACUACGUGGCAGCCAUGCUAGUGGGUGAGUACGGUGCCAACGUGAAGGUCCGCGAUAACUGUGGCAAGAGGGCGUACCAUUACCUACACCGGGACACGGCGCAGAGCGUCAAGGAGAUGCUGGGAGCGCCCAAAUUUGAGCAAUCUUCUAACUGGCCAGAAGGGGUCGAGAUCUUGCCGGAACUGUCCAAAAAGAAUUCCAUAAGCCGCAUCUUCCAGCCGCAUCUGUCGGCGCAAAGGAGGAAGCACAAGUCGAGGACGGCCUUCUUGUCUCUGGAUGAAGAGCCCGAGGAUCAACGACGCGAUUCAGCGUUCAGGCAACGACGCACUUCAGAUGCUUUUGCGUAGUGUUAAACGUGGACAAAUAUGAAGAAGUUCAAUCAUCGGUUCUAGCUCAGGUAUUGUUAAAGCUUUUGAAAGCUUAGGUUUAAAAGAAUUGUAAAUAUCCUCCUUGCCUCCUCAGGUGUAGUUUUGGCUAAGCAAAGGAUCGUCUCUAAGAUGCUAGUCACAUGAUCUGUUUGAAAAAUAAUUUUCACCCAUUAUGGAAUACUUUGUCGGAUUCUUGUUCAUUUCAUUCGUUUUUGUUGUUUUAUUGCUUUACAACUUUUAUAGACAACAUUUUAACAGCUAGUUUGGACGUUAUUUGUUAGUUUCAGGGCUCCGGAGUGGCUAAGCUAGCACGAGUCAAUGGUAUCUGCUUAGCAUUCCAAUAAAAAAACAACAACAUAUGCCCGUAUAAGAAUCACCGAUGACCCUGUUUUUUUUUAGCGGGCAACAUUGAUUAUAGCUUAAAUGUUAUACAAUGCUAAUGUUAACAACAAUAGCGUACUGCACGAAUGCUAUUUUAGACCGUGACAUCGCAUCGUUUUAAGCCAGCUGACUUUUGCUAUGCAAGUUAGCCAAUUGUUGUAAACAUUAGCGUUAUAUAGCAUUUAAGCUAGCGGACUUUUGCUAUGUAAGUUAGCCUACUGUUGUGAAUAUUAUCACUAUAUAGCAUUUAAGCUAGCAGACUUUUGCUAUGCAAAUUAGCCAACUGUUGUAAAAGAUAGCAUCAUAUAGCAUUUAAGCUAGUGUACUUUUACCAUGCAAGUUAGCCAAUGGAGUACCGCACGCUUCACAUCACUUUCGCUCAUUAAUAUUCAUGAUGUUGGCUACUAUUGCUAAGAGGGGGGGGGGGGCAAGCUCCCGUUUGUCCCCAAUAGUAAAUGAAUGGAAAUAGUGUACGAAGAAGAUGUUUACGGCGCUAUACUUACCAAUUCUGUCCAAAAAUGAUGUCCCUGGUGCAAACAUACAAAUGUUCAGUUAAAGAUUCUUCACAUUUUUUCCUCCCAAGUUUGUGGUGUCGGGAAACGUAUGAAGAAAACAUCCUUCAUAUGUCGUAAUGUCUAGAGUCGUUUCUACAAGUUCCA